CAGUUCUCUGUCGACCAUCAAGCGGAAAUGCAGUACAACCAGCCGCAGCCUGGAACCGUUGGCUACCCGUACCCGCCGCAACCUGGAGCAGGUGGCUAUCCGUACCCGCCGCAGCCACAGCCACAGCCACCGAGCUACGAGCAGGCCGUACAUGUCACGGGACCAGUGCCCGUCCGAGUGCAGCUCCAGGGUGCACAGCCACCGCCCGUGGUGAUCAUUCAACAUCAAGCUGCUCUGCCGGUGGGUCCCGAUGCCAGCUUCAUCACCUGUCCCCACUGCCAUGUCCAGAAGCUGACCCGUGUCGAAUAUGCGCCCAGUGUGCGCACCCACUGCAUGGCCGCCCUGCUCUGCCUCAUUGGCCUCUGGUGUUUCGCCUGUCUGCCCUACUGCGCCACCAGUUGCAUGAAUGCGAAUCACUUCUGCGGCAACUGCAACAAGUUUGUGGGCGUCUACAACAGCGACUAGCAGCAGCAGCAGCAACGAUACACAUUCCGAAUAAACAAACCAAAUCGAAUCGAAUCCAGAAACCAAUCCAAUCCGAUCACAUCAUCCAUCGCAUAGCAUUGUGUGCGAACAUUUUUGACUGGGUGUCGACAGACGAACACAAUUUCUUUCCCCCCCCCACACACACACACACCCACUGCUAGUGUAAACAAUCGGGCCAGAAAGCUUUUCCACCACUGAAACGGCUUUAAUUGAUAAGAACUCUGCGAUAUGCUAGCCAACAAUUUUUUCGGUGCGUUCCAUUGCCAUUGACGCGCACCGACGAGUCAUUUGUCCCAUUAACGCCCAG